AUGUCUCCUAUUUAUGGAUAUUUACUGCUUUUACUAUCACCUCUACUGCCACUCAUCAGUAGUCAUCCCAUUCUCAUUGUCCUGUCUUUCGAUGGCUUCAGAAGUGAUUACAUAACUCGUGAGCGCACACCACAUCUGCACCAAUUGGCUAAGUCUGGGGUCAGAGCUCACAUGAUGUCAUCGUUUGUCACCAAAACAUAUCCCAAUCACCAGACAAUAGCCACCGGUUAUUACGAAGAGUUUCACGGAAUCGUUAACAACGAGAUGUUUGAUCCCUUGUAUAACGAGACCUUUAAUGUGGACAAGUCUGCAGACAAGUGGUGGGCCGAGAGCCCUGUCCUUCCCAUUUGGAGACAGAGAUUGAGUCUUAAUGUGGACAAGUCUGCAGACAAGUGGUGGGCCGAGAGCCCUGUCCUUCCCAUUUGGAUGGCGAAUCAGAUGAUUGACCCCAUCAACAGAUUCAGCGCAUCCAUGCAAUGGCCCGGAAGUCAUGUCCACUAUAGAAAUCAGACGAUUAAAUAUCUGCAAGACUUUGACGAUAAGAUGGAAUGGACGGCGAGAGUGGAUAAGAUAAUUGAGUGGAUGUCUGACACGACAGAGCCUGCAAACUGUGUGUUCGCGUACUUCGAUGAACCGGACACUACUGCCCACGAGUUCGGACCAUUCAAGCCUGCAAACUGUGUGUUCGCGUACUUCGAUGAACCGGACACUACUGCCCACGAGUUCGGACCAUUCAGUGAUGAAGUGUUUGCAAUGGUUAGUAAGGCUGACAAUACCACCAAAUAUCUGCUUCAGAGGUUAACAGAGGAAAGUCUUUUGAGUCACACGAAUCUGAUUGUGCUCUCAGAUCACGGAAUGGCUGAAGUCAGGUCUGAUCGGGUAAUCAAUUUGAAUGAGUUCCUGAACCCGGACUGGUAUGUGAUAGCGGGCGCGUCUCCCGUGUGGUCCAUUCAACCCAAACCUCACUUCGAGGAUAAGGUUUUUCAUAUACUGAUGAACGCCUCGAAGACAAAGAAUUUUACUGUUUAUAAGAAGGAAGACAUCCCUCAAGAGUUUCAUUACAGAAGCCACAGAAGAAUUUUACCCAUUUUUCUGAUAGCAGACGAGGGAUGGGAUGUCUAUCAGAACAUGACUUGGACUCCAAGAGGCGUAACUGUUUGGGGAAAUCACGGAUACAACAACUCAUUGCCGUCAAUGCGCCCACUUUUCAUAGCCAGUGGACCGGCAUUCAAGUCGGACUACGAUCACGACAAGCCUUUUAUAAACGUAGAUCUGUAUCCACUAAUGUUACGCGUCCUGCAAUUGUUUCCUACCAAACAGUUUCCAAGUAAUGGAUCCAUGAAUAAUGUCUGGGAUCUACUAAUUCCUCCCAUUUCUGCCGAGGAUUACGACGAAUCCACACAAAAGUGGUUUAAUUUUAUUCUCUACAUUUUCGGCGGUUUCGGUGUCUUAUUCUUCGGAAGCGUUUGUCUCAUUUGCAGCACAAAUAUCGGCAAAUCGUUGCGAAAGUCUCGACCGCCGGAUAUCGUAUGGGAUUCGUUGGGCACUGGACUCGACAUAGACCUGCGCUCACACUUAGACCCAAAUGUCAAUGACUUUUCCAAGGGUUUCGACGACGAUGUUAUCAAUCGCGCCAAACGUCUUCAACGCCCGGAAGAGACACUUCUUCUACUGGAAGACGACGACGAGGAGGACCUUAUUUUAUCGGUAGUGUUUAGUCAGCGUUUCUUAUAUGGCAGGGAAUCGCCUUAUUUGAACGGACAGUUGUAUCGCACCCAACAGUUUAAGCCAUUAAAAGCUGUGGCAAUACUUAAUGGCAAAGGAGUUACAGGUGUCAUCAACUUUGAGCAAAUUGGCUACGAUAAGGUUCGGGUGACGGGUAAGAUUGAAGGUCUAAGUAAAGGUGCCCACGGUUUCCAUGUGCACCAGUUUGGAGACCUGACCAACUCGUGCACCAGUGCUGGCGGACACUUCAAUCCCCAUAACCGAGAACAUGGAUCUCCCGAUGACUUCAAUAGACAUGUAGGAGAUUUGGGCAAUGCUUUCGCCGACGACAAUGGUGUGGCACAGUUAGACAUCCAGGACUAUUACCUAUCCCUCAAUAGUGGCUCCAAUUCCAUUGUAGGCCGAGCUGUGGUGGUUAGUGUAUAUCUUUAUGUUUUAGUUCACGAGAAUAUGGAUGAUUUGGGUCGUGGGGGUCAUGAACAGAGCAAAACAACGGGCAAUGCUGGCGGUCGGGUAGCCUGUGGUCUGAUUGGUUGGGCCAAUGAUAAGGCCUAA